UUGAAAACAUUAAUUUUGGAGGUGUUUGGUUAGUGAUAAAAACCAAGAAUUGAGUUGAAUUGAUAAUAAUUAUGAAAAAGUUAUCAAGGAGAAAAAUAUGCAUAUUUUUGUAAGAAAUUUGAGUUGAGAGUAUUUAAUUAUUGGUGGACCAAACAUGAAUUGUUUUAUUUAUUUAUUUUUUAAUUCACUCCAUCCAAAUCUUUCUUCACAACGAAAAUAUGAAUUUUAAAAAUUACUCUUUUAAUUUUAAAUGUCAUACAAUUGUUUCAAAUAAAAGCAUUAUUUGAGACGCAUUUUAAAUGUAAGGGAAGUACCUUCCAAAGACCAAAUGAAUCAAUGCAAUUUUCGUAAACUUGAUUAAAAAUGUACAUUUUACAUAUUUUAAAACUUGGAGGACUCCUUCUCUCCCUUAUAUUUAUAAAGUAAAUCCGAACUAAUUAUUAUCCACUUUACGAAAAGUUGAGAUAGUUAAUAUGAUAUGGAGGGAGACUAAUGUUUCUGACAAAUUAAAAACAAGAAAUAGGAAGUGAGACCAAGGCUUGAUAGUUGUUUUGCCUUUUGUUUUCUAUAUUUAAAAAUUAUAUAUGCUUAUUUAUUCACAAUUUUUACUGAGCUUUUCACUUAAUUAAACUUCCAAGUCAAAUUCGUAAUUUUCAAAAUUUGACGUGAUCUUUGACAUAUCUUUAGAAAUAGGUAACGAAAUGAACUUUAAGUGUUUAUAGGGUUAAUAUAAAAAAGGAAAAAAAAAAAUACUCUCUCUGAGAUUUUAUAUCCUUCCCAUUUAAAAUAGUUGAUUCGUCUUCAGUAGGUGGAAAAGGAAGCAGAUCAAAAUAUAUGAAUGGUCAAAAGUAGGAGAAAUAACGUAAUUUCUUAUAAUAUCUCUGAAUUAGUAGUGAUUAAAAAGUUUCACACACAAGUAGAGAGAAUAGAGUAAUUAAAGAGUGAAAAGAAUAUAAUGAAUGAAGGAGAGUCAAAAAGGGAAUUGAAAUAGAGGAAAAAGGAAGAGGACGUUAAGGGGUGAGAGUUGCGGUGCAAGGAGGGUCGAAGAUGGGUGAUGGGAUGCCUAAUAUUUAGGGAAGGGAGGUUAUUGAUUCUUGGUUAACGAAGGCCACUCUCUGGUACCCUUAAUUCACAACUUUAUUAUUCUCUUCUUUUUUUUUUUUUUAAUGGAAAAAAGUGAAUGGAAUCUCAUGUUGCAUUUGAAUUUGUGCAUAUCUCUCCUCUCUCUGUAACCAUUGUUUUUGAUUGUUGUGGGAAAACGAGACCGGUUGGAUUAGUCGUUGAAGGGGGAGGUGAGAAAUGGAAGGAUUGGAGGGGCUUAUAGAGAGGCUGAUGGAAGGAAGAAAAAACAAUGGCAAAAAGAUUCAACUAAUAGAACCUGAAAUUCGAGAGCUUUGCAUCACGGCCAAACAAGUAUUCCUCAGCCAGCCUAAUCUCUUGCAAUUACAAGCUCCGAUUAACAUCUGUGGUGACAUUCAUGGGCAAUAUCCAGAUCUGCUGCGACUGUUUGAGAUGGGUGGGUUUCCUCCCGACGCCAACUAUCUUUUUUUGGGGGACUACGUGGACAGAGGAAAACAGAGCAUUGAAACCAUAACCCUUCUGUUUGCAUACAAAAUCAAGUUCCCCGACAACUUUUUCCUACUUAGAGGAAACCACGAAUGUGCUUCUAUCAACCGGAUCUACGGAUUUUAUGAUGAAUGCAAAAGGCGUUUCAACGUCCGUCUAUGGAAGAUCUUCACAGAUUGCUUCAAUUGCUUGCCUGUGGCGGCUGUCAUAGACGACAAGAUCCUAUGCAUGCAUGGUGGGCUUUCCCCCGAAAUGCAUAGCUUGAAUCAGGUGGGAGAUAUAGAGAGGCCCAUUGACGUCCCGGACCAGGGCCUUCUAUGCGAUCUUCUUUGGGCCGAUCCAGAUAAAGACAUCAAAGGUUGGGGCGAAAAUGACAGGGGAGUCUCCUUUACCUUCGGUGCAGACAAGGUCACCAAUUUCUUGAAGAAACACAAUCUUGAUCUAAUAUGUCGCGCUCAUCAGGUAGUUGAGGAUGGUUAUGAGUUUUUCGCAGACAGGCAAUUGGUUACAAUAUUUUCAGCACCCAACUAUUGCGGGGAGUUCGAUAACGCAGGAGCUUUUAUGAGCGUCGACUCCAGUUUGCUAUGCUCAUUUCAAAUCAUUAAGCCGUAGAAAGAAUCAAUACCAUCUACCUUUUGCCUUCAUUUAAUCAUCCAGACAAAUUUAGACUCUCUUCCUAGCCUCUAAUCUAGUCAUUCCAAUAGAUUCUAUUUCUUUUCAUAACCAUCCAAUCCUAGUCAUUACCAGGAUUUGUAUAUAGCGACCGACUUCAACUCUGCGAUGUAUAUACCUGAUGUGUUUAAUUAAUAAAAUUAGAAGACAUUGAAAUUAAUUAAAUUUAA